AUGGAGUUGUCAGAUGAUAUACUCGUCCGAUCGACAUAUCGUAUCUACAGUUUUAGUGGGACUGUAACCAUCCCGAAGGGCGAAGUAACUAUCAGGGUAUCGGAUGGAGGUGGUUACCUAGAUACUUUAACCACAUUUUGCGUGGUUGAUGUCGCCUCUCCCUAUGAAUCUAUAAUCGGAAGACCAUGGAUCCCAGGAAUCAAAGGAGUGGCAUCGGCCUAUCAUCAAAGGCUACGAUUCCCAACGUACAAGAGGAUAGCUGAGGUCGUAGGAGAUCCACAGGCAGCCCGUCAGUGCAUGCAGGUCGAUGCCCAGAUAAAUGAGGAGCGGCGAGCACGACAAAGGGGAGAGAAGAAAAAGGCUAAAGAAGCCAAAGUCGCAGAAGAACUAGAAAGAGUUAUUUCGCAGGCGGUCAUGACUUACGAAGCACAAGGAAACGAGCCUUCACAGCAAUUAAAGGAGACGGCGCCGGUGAAGGAAUCAAAACCAAACUUCUCGACCGUGGAACCUACUCGAGAGAUUAAUUUGGGAACUGUAGAAGAACCAAGGCUGGUAAGGAUCGGGUCUUUACUAUCGGACGAACCAGUAAACCAGCUCGUGGCGGUGCUAAAGGAAAACAUGGACGCAUUCGCAUGGAACAUGCAUAAUAUGAAGGGUAUAGAUCCGGAGGUAUGCUAUCACCAUCUAAGGAUCGACCCAAGCUUCAAGCCAGUCCGACAAAAGAUGAGGCGAAUCGCACCAGAAUUACACACGGUCGUCGAGAAGGAAUUAAAGAAGUUACAAGAAUCGGGGAUAAUCAGGAAAUCGCACUACCCACAGUGGAUAUCCAACAUGGUCGUGGUACCAAAGAAAAACGUAGGAGUCAGAAUAUGCAUUGACUUCAGCGACCUGAACAAAGCCUGUCCGAAAGACAUCUUCCCUCUCCCAAGCAUCGAUCAACUGGUGGAAUCUAUAGUGGGGAACGAGGCGCUAACAUUGAUGGACGGAUACGCAGGUUAUAACCAGAUCCCGCUGGCUCCCGAGGAUCAAGAACACACCUCCUUCUUCACACCAAGGGGCCUAUAUUGCUACACCAAGAUGCCGUUUGGGCUGAAGAACGCAGGCGCCAUAUAUCAGAGGUUGGUGGGCGACAUGUUUGAAGACCAGAUCCACAACACCAUUGAGGUCUAUGUCGACGAUAUGCUAGUAAAAAUUCGCCUAGCCAAGAAUCACAUCUGA